GCCUCAACCCUCCCUGAACUUUGCCUGUAAACACAGCAGCUGACAGUCCUGCAUCCCCGCUGGGUGGAUCCCGCAACUCCGAGGGGAGAAUGGCACUUCUUGUUUUUAAUUAGCCAAGGUGAAAAGGUGAAUUAAAACUGGCUGCUUAGCAAGCCGCAGCAAGGGGCUGACUUCGGAGGGGCUGUGAAGAGCCCCCAAGGAGGAGGUGGCGAGUUUGGGGAGGGGGUGCUCGCGAGUGUGCGCUAGAGUGUGUGUGUGUGUAUGUAUGUCUUUUUUUGAAUGAACAGCCUCGCAGAAAGUGACUGCAAAAGCAGUUCUGGGGAAUCUGCAGGCGGUUCCUGGGGUCCGAGAGCCCAAGCCGAACUCCUCCCUUGGAGUGUCCCCGUACUCUCAGCUUGAAAACAACUGUCCUAAGUGAGAGGGAAGCUUCCCGUGACAUCUCCAAACACAGCUUGACAAAUGGCACUUGGGGAUCGUGUUUUCUGGUGACAACGGACUACGUCCCUGUGUGUGACAGAGCUGUUGGAGCUGCCCCUGAAGGAAAAGUCUCCCUUCCAACUCUCGACCCCGGCGGCCAAAGUGAAGACCGGAGGAAAGGGAGGUACUUGCCCAGAGAGCAGCAUGGCAUCCGCUGGGCACAUUAUCAUUUUGGUCCUGGGGGGUUUGCUCUUCGAGUUUGGGAUUGGAGGUCAUGCAACAGAUACCACCCAUCCCCGGUUACGUCUGUCGCACAAAGAGCUCUGGGAUUUAAAUAGGACAUCAAUCUUUCAUAGCCCUUUUGGAUUUCUCGACCUCCAUGUGAUGUUGCUGGAUGAAUACCAAGAACGACUGUUUGUGGGAGGCAGGGAUCUGGUGUAUUCCCUCAACCUGGAUCGAGUCAGUGAAGGCUAUAGAGAGAUACACUGGCCUAGCACAAUCCUACAAAAGGAGGAAUGCAUGAUGAAAGGAAAAGAUGAAAGUGAAUGUGCAAAUUUUGUUCGUGUGCUGCAUCAUUAUAACAGAACACAUCUUCUGGCCUGUGGUACCGGAGCUUUUGACCCUCUCUGUGCCUUCAUCAGAGUUGGACACCAGUUGGAGGGUCAUCUAUUUCAAUUGGAAUCACACAGAUUUGAGCGAGGAAGAGGCAGAUGUCCUUUUGAUCCCAAUUCUUCCUUCACUUCUACUUUAAUUGGAAGUGAGCUGUUUUCUGGACUCUACAGUGACUACUGGGGAAGAGAUGCUGCUGUCUUUCGUAGCCUGGGCCGUAUGGCUCAUAUUCGGACUGAGCAUGAUGAUGAGCGUCUGCUAAAAGAACCUAAGUUUGUAGGUUCUUAUAUGAUUCCUGACAAUGAAGACCGGGAUGACAACAAAGUAUAUUUCUUCUUUACUGAAAAGGCACUGGAGUCAGAAAACAAUGCACACACAAUUUACACAAGAGUGGGAAGAGUAUGUGCGAAUGAUGUGGGAGGGCAAAGAAUUUUAGUAAAUAAAUGGAGCACUUUCCUUAAGGCAAGGUUGGUUUGCUCAGUGCCUGGAAUGAAUGGAAUUGAUACCCACUUUGAUGAAUUAGAGGAUAUUUUUUUGCUGCAUAUAAGAGAUAAUAAAAAUCCAGUGAUAUUUGGACUCUUUAAUACAACCAGUAAUAUAUUUAAAGGGUACGCUAUAUGUGUCUAUCAUAUGGCAAGUAUCCGUGCUGCUUUUAAUGGACCAUAUGCACAUAAGGAAGGACCUGAAUACCACUGGUCACUGUAUGAAGGAAAAGUCCCUUACCCAAGACCUGGUUCUUGUGCCAGCAAGGUGAAUGGAGGAAAAUAUGGCACUACCAAGGAUUACCCCGAUGAUGCAAUCCGGUUUGCCAGAAGUCACCCACUAAUGCAUCAGCCUGUGAAACCUGUUCAUAAGAGGCCAAUCCUGGUAAAAACAGAUGGAAAAUAUAACCUGAAACAGAUAGCAGUUGAUCGAGUUGAAGCUGAAGAUGGACAAUAUGAUGUCUUAUUUAUUGGCACAGAUAGUGGCAUUGUGCUAAAAGUAAUCACAAUUUACAACCAGGAAACAGAAUCAAUGGAAGAAGUAAUUCUGGAAGAACUACAAGUAUUCAAAGUUCCAGUUCCUAUCAUUUCUAUGGAAAUUUCUUCAAAAAGACAACAGUUGUACAUUGGAUCUCAAUCUGCAGUGGCCCAAAUCCGAUUCCAUCAGUGUGACAUGUAUGGCACAGCUUGUGCUGAUUGCUGCCUAGCAAGAGACCCAUACUGUGCAUGGGAUGGUAUAUCCUGUUCCCGCUACUACCCAACAGGAACACAUGCAAAAAGACGUUUCCGAAGACAAGAUGUUCGGCAUGGAAAUGCAGCUCAGCAAUGUUUUGGACAGCAGUUUGUUGGAGAAGUAUUAGAUAAGACUGAGGAACGUUUGGCUUAUGGUAUAGAAUAUAACAGUACUUUGCUGGAAUGCACUCCACGAUCACUGCAAGCAAAAGUCAUCUGGUUUGUACAGAAAGCACGUGAAACAAGAAAGGAAGAGGUGAAGACAGAUGACAGAGUUGUCAAAAUGGACCUUGGUUUGCUCUUCCUAAGACUCCACAAAAUGGAUGCAGGAACCUAUUUUUGUCAGACUGUGGAGCACAGUUUUGUACAUACAGUCCGCAAAAUCACCUUGGAAGUGGUAGAAGAGGAGCGAGUUGAAGAGAUGUUUAAUAAAGACUAUGAGGAAGAGGUUCCCCACAAAAUGCCAUGCCCUGUCCAGAGCAGCAUCCCACAAGGGUCAAAGCCAUGGUACAAAGAGUUCUUGCAAUUGAUUGGCUAUAGCAACUUCCAGCGAGUGGAAGAGUACUGUGAAAAAGUGUGGUGCACAGAUAAGAAGAGGAAAAAGCUUAAAAUGUCCCCCUCCAAAUGGAAGUAUUCUACCCCACAGGAAAAGAAGCUUCGGGCCAAAUCUGAGCACUAUCGCCUACCCAGGCAUGCACUGGACUUCUGAUGGGGUGAAACCAUUGGCUGACUUUUUGAAGAAUUUUUAUUUGGACUUCUGAGAUUUAAAAGACUAGAUUUGAUUUCUUUGUGACAGUGGAAAUAAGUACUAUAAGAAAGAAGUGACUGAAAAAAAGUAUUAUGGUAAAUUAUACUUAAUUCUUUUUGACUGAUUAGAGGUUAUAUGAGGCUAACUAGUUGUUUCUAAAUGUCAUUUUAUUGCUUACAUGGUUUUUGACUAUCUCAAAAAGUUACCUUGUUGUAAUCUUUGUAAUUGUUUGAUUAUUCAUGCCAACUACUA